UACACAGAUGCAAGCCAAGAAGUUCAAAUUAACAAAACCACCAGUGCUGUUGUAACAGUGCAACCCGACUGGCCCACAUUAUACAGUGGAGAAAUGAUCACUCUAAGCUGUGAGAUCCAAGGAGGAGACACUGAGUGGGAGUAUGAAUGGAGAACUACCAGCUCACAUAAACCAUCAAACCAAAGUGAACUCAGAGUAGAUUCUACUUCUCCAUCUAACACUGGUCACUACAAGUGUAGAGGCAGAAGCAAAAGGGCUCAAGAUCAUAUAACUGAGUGGAGUUUUCCUUUAAAUUUGACAGUAUCACACAAUAAACCCCGUCCUGUCCUCACUGUGUCUCCAUCAUGGCUGAGUCCUGGAGCCUCAGUAACUCUGAACUGUGAGGUUGAACAUCCGUCUGCAGGAUGGAGCUUCUACUGGUAUAAAGCUGUUCCUGAUCUAUCAGAGAAAUCCUCCAGUUAUGAGCUGCUACCUGAUGGCAGUGGGACUGCACAGGACUCCUACAUCAUUCAUGGACAGACACACACAGCAGGAUAUGUGUGCAGAGCUGGAAGAGGAGACCCAGAGUAUCACACUGAUCACAGUCAACCAAAGUUUGUCUGGUCUGCGGAUGUUCAUUCAGCAGCGUCUCUCACAGUGAGUCCUGACAGAGUGCAACACUUCACCUCUGACUCUGUCUCACUGACCUGUGAGGGAAACUUCACUGAGUGGAGAGUGAGCAAGUUUAGUGAAAAAGGCUUUUUUUCACACUGCUGUGACUGCCAGAAACUGAGUGGAUCCUCUUAUAAGAUCCACAGCUUACAGGAGGGUGUUACUGUGUACUGGUGUGAGUCUGGAUCAGGAGAGCUCAGCAAUGCAGUCAACAUCACUGUACGAGGCUUUGGAUCUAAAAUCGGUUCAUUUAUUGUUCCAUUCAUCAUCGGACUUGUUAGUGGAAUUAUCCUCGUGCUGCUGCUGCUGUGUUGCUGCAGAAAGAUAAAGGAUCUUUGUUGUAACAGUCUCACUCAGUCUCAGAGCACCAAUCAAAACUCUGCUGCACAACAAAAAGCCAACAAGAAUGAGGACAACGUUUACUCCUCUCUUCUUCCUGGUGAUUUUCCAGUUUAUGAAAUAAUCAGAUCCUCUGGAAACACUGGAAGUGGUGGACCAGCAGAUAAGCACAGAAAUGUCACAUCUGCACUUGAACUUAAUGUUAUUGAUGAGAAGACUGACUUCAGAAAAUGGAGAAAUGACGACCCAGACGGGAGCUCUGACUACGAGGAUGAUGAUCAUGAGACAGGCUCAGUUUCAGGUUCAGGAAGAGGACGUGGACAUUAACAAAGAAACUUGUGGACAAGAACAUAAAAUAAAUAACUGAACUUUCACCAUGUUUGAUAACAUUUCUGCAAAUGCAUAAAUCACUGAGUUUCAGAUCAUAUUGAAGAAUUAAACUCAGCAUUGAUGGAAGACUGAUGAAACCAUCUACUUUUGUAUUAAAUUCCUAUUUAUGUUGCAGUAACUGUAUAUUAUCCUCCUAAGAACCUUUCAUGACAUGCAUUUUUUAAUAUUGAGUCUUUUAUUGAGAAAGCACGCAGUAUGGCUUUGUACAUUGCUUUUGUUUUCAAAUUUUUAAACUUAUAAUUGGAAAAUUACGAAAAAAUAGGGGAAAAGUAAAUAAAAUAGCCCCACCAUGACUGGAGACGGAGCAAUACUGGAGGAGCAUCUGGGAGAAGGAUGCAACCCAUAACAAUGCUCAAUUGCAAGUGGAUCUAAGAGAAGACCACAGCAACCUCCCUGAACAAGAGCCAGUAAGCAUCACAUUGACAAACAUUCAAAAAAGGAUCUCCAGUAUGAAGAGUUGGACAGCACCAGGCCCUGAUAUGGGUCAUGCCUACUGGCUGAAAGAGCUGACUGCACUCAUUGAGCUCAUGGCCACACAAAUGAACCAGCUGCUAGUAGCUGAUACACACCCAGUCCUGAUCCCCAAAGAUCUCCAGAAGGGACCGGCUCCAUCAACUACCUAUCCUUUCCAACAAUAACCUGCCUCAGUACCACAUGGAAGCUCCUAUCAGGCAUAUGAACAGGCAUGUGGCUCAAUACAUGAGCGGUGCACAGAAAGGAACAGACCGGAAUACAAGAGGAGCAAAACACCACCUCCUGGUAUAUAAAGCAGAUGCAUGUAUAUUCAUUACUCUGAUCUUCCUGCUUUUAUAGGUAACAUAUUUGUCACCGUGGUCUUCAUCCUUGCGGCCCGUAACACAUGUUUAUCUGAUUUGAAAAUAUCAACAGUGUGUGUAGUGUAGAUCAUCUCACCGAAUUGUGCUGUUGGCACAUAUGCAGGAUUACACAUCAACUAAGCAUAACAUUGUAAACAUUCACAGGUAAAUGCAAUAACUCUGAAUAUUUCUUUAUCAUGGCACCUGUUACUGAGUGGAAUGUAUUGGGGGAAAGUGAACAUUUAUUCUCAAAGUUAAGUUUGUGAAGUCCAAACUUAACUAUGGAAAGAACAGUGGUGAAGCAGUGACAGGGUCAUGGACGGCCAAGGCUCACUGAUGCGCAAUUGGACUGAAGGCUAACCUGGGUGGUCUAAUGCAACAGACGAGUUACUGUAGCUCAAGUUAUUGAAAAAGUUCAUGCUGGUUCUGAUAGAAAUGUGUCAGAAUACACAGAGCAUCACAGUUUGUUGAGUAUGGGACGGCAUAGCUGCAGACUGGUCAGGGUUCCCAUGCUGACCUCUGUUCACUACAGAAACCACCACCAACACUCCUGUGAGCAUCAGAACUGGACCACAGAGCAAUGAAUGAAAGUGGGCUGGUUUGAUAAAUCACAUUUUCUUUUACAUUAUGUGGAUAGCCAGGUGCUUGUACGUUGAUUACUUGGGAAACACCAGGCACCAAGAUCCACUAUGGAAAGAAAGCAAGCCGGCGGAGGCAGUGUGAUGUGUUGGGCAAUUUUCUCCUGGGAGACCUUAGGUUCUGCCAUCCAUGGACCUGAUCAAACCCUGAUGGCUGUGGCCUCUUUCAGCAGCACAAUCUGUCCUGUCACAAAGCAAAAACGGUCUAGGAACAGUUUGAGCACAACAACAAGUUUGAGGUGUUGACUUGGCCUCCAAAUUUCCCAGAUCUCAUUCUAAUCGAAACUUGUCUUAAAGUGCAAACACUGAAGGCAGUUGCUUUUCCGAGUU